CCACUCCACCAAUGGGACAUGUCUCAUUACGGUUCACAGUCAGAUCCCGCUAAGAUGUACAACGCGAGAUCGCGUGGCAGCGCUGCCAACGAGGGGAUUUCCCCCAAAAGAAUAAUCACCAUCGGCUCAAUGCUCCUAGUCCUGGCUUUUGGCCAGGUGGCGUCCAUGGCGCUGGAUCGCCUGGCUCUCGAAAGGAACGAGUUGCCAGCGGAUCAGCAGCAAUCACAGCAGCAGGAUGUUCUCGUGGACGACAUGAAGCUCACCUCCAUUCCCUCCGCCGACUCAUCGGACAUGUAUAUGCUGGUGCCCGAUACGGUGGCCAGCCAACUGGAAGACACCGAGCAUGUCAAUCGCAACUCCAUCGAGGCCGAUCCCGAAUCAGAUCCCUCAGGCUCAUCCUCCGUCGAUAUGCUGGCGCUGGAGAGCGAUUCCAGCCCGGCCAUGCAACUUGUGGAGCUGCCCAGCGACAUUACGGUGGCCGAAUCCCAGCCAGAAACGGAGCACGACGCGGAGAACGAUCAGCAGCAGCACGAGUCCAUCGAGGAACAUGUGGUCCUAAUGAAACCAGCUAGCCAGGAGGCUCAGCUGGAGCAAACCGUGGACUUGGCCACCGAAGCGGCACCAGUUCCCUUAGAUGAUGAGCAACCAGAGGAUGAAUCUCCUGCUGCCACCGAAAGUGCCCUGGAGGAAUUGGAAAAGGAAUCCGAAGCGGCCAUGGAUGAUCAAGUGCCCGAGGAAUCGGAAACUCAGCCGGAACAGGUGCAACCAGAGGAGCCCCAGUCGGAAUCUGAAGGUGAACAGGCGGAAAAGAAGCCAGAGAUUGAAGCUCAGCCAGAGAUUGAAGCUCAGCCAGAGAUUGAAGCUCAACCAGAGCUGGAGCCCCAACUAGAAGUGGAGCCACAAGCAGAAAUAGAGGCCCAGCCUGAAGUGGAAUCCCAGCCUGAAGCGGAAUCCCAGCCUGAAGCGGAAUCCCAGCCAGAAGUAGAAGCCCAUCCUGCAGUGGAACCCCAGCCAGAAGUGGAAUCCCAGCCUGAAGCCGAAUCUCAAUCAGAACCCGAAACCCAGCCUGAAGUGGAAGCCCAGCCUGAAGUGGAUGCCCUGCCAGAGCCUGAAUCCCAGCCAGAAGCAGAGUCCCAGCCGGAAAAGGAACCCGAAGUCGAGGCUGAGAAAAUCAGUGAUAACGAGGUGGACACCACGGAUGCAUCCCUGAUGGAAACCCUGGUCGAGGGCAUUGAAGAUGGUCUAACUGCCGCUAUGGACAACCUGGUGCCUGAAGAACUGGCCGAUGCCAGUGAUAACCAGGAGCCGGAGCCAGAGCCGGAAAGCGAGGACCAACAGUCCCCAGUCACAGAAGCCAUUGAAGAGCAGGCAAUUCCCGAAGUUGAGCAGGAAAAGGAAAAAGAAGCCGAGCAGCAAACCCUGGCCGAUGAAACUGAGCAGGAUGUUGCCCAACCUUCGAAUGACGAGCCAGUCGAGAUUGCUCCAGAGCAACAAAUUCAAGCGGAGAUUGCUCCAGCCGAAAUUCCAGAGGAAGCCAAGCCUGAGGAGGAAGUUCUAGUGGAGGAGGAGGCCAAGCCCCUUGAAGAAUCCAAGCCCGAGGAGGAAAUCAAGCCCGAGGAAGAUUCCAAGGCAGAGGAGCAGGUCCAGAAUGAUGCCGAGGCUCAGCCAACUAUUACCGAAGUGAAACCAGAGGAAACUCCAGCUGAUAUCCCUGCCGAGAUCCCUGUCGAGAUUCCUGCUGAGAUCCCUGCCGAGAUUCCUGCUGAGAUUCCUGCUGAGAUUCCUGCCGAGAUCCCUGCUGAGAUUCCUGCCGAGAUUCCUGCUGAGAUCCCUGCCGAAAUCCCUGCCGAGAUCCCUGCUGAGAUCCCUGCUGAGAUCCCUGCCGAGAUCCCAUCCGAGAUCCCUGCUGAAACCCCUGCCGAGAUCCCAGCCGAGAUCCCUGCCGAGAUCCCAGCUGUAGCCCCUGCCGAUCUUCCAGCUCAAGUUCAAGCCGAUGUUCCAGCGGAAGCCCCAGCUGAAGUCCCUGCAGAAGUUCCUGCUGACAUCCCAUCCAAAAUCGAAGAUGAAAUCCAAUCCGACUCCACGCAAAACGAAGUGCAAGUGGAUAAGGAAGCCCAGCAGCCAGAGAAGGAAACCAAGCCCAUAGAAUCCUCCCUGCUGACCACCAUCAUUCCCAUGGUGGUGCCCCAACCCCCGGUGCCAUCGCAACCCAUUCAGGUCCAGGAUAGUGUGCUGAACUACGUCAACGCCUCUUUCCUGCAGCAGCAGCCAUCGGAAGCGGAUCUGCCCAAGACGGAGGAGGAGUCGCCAUUCAAUGCCCAUCUGCGGCGCUAUGAUGGCGCCCAAGUGUGGCGCAUCGUGGUCCAGACCGACAAGGAUAAGCGAAUGGCCGACGAGCUGCAGUCCAAAUACGAUGGCCAACUGUGGAAGGAGGUCAAGCAGGAGGUGGACUAUCUGCUGAAGCCACAAGUUCUGGCCGCCGCCGAGCGCCACAUUCGCGCCGCCAAUCUUUCCCGGAUCGUUCUCAUCGACAAUCUGCAGCGUGUCAUCGAAAAGGAGAAUCCCCCGGCGGAGAAGAUUGCCGAACUCCAGAACCGAAAGGGACAUCGCCUCACCUGGCAGGCCUACCAUCGCCUGGAGGACAUCCACGGCUUCAUUGACUACAUGGCCAAAACCUAUCCGGACAUUUGCUCCACGGAGAUCAUUGGCUACUCGGUGGAGAAGCGACCGCUGAAGAUUCUCAAGAUUUCCAAUGGCAAUGCGCGUAAUCCUGGCAUCUGGAUCGAUGGUGGCAUGCACGCACGCGAAUGGAUCAGUCCGGCCACCGUCACCUACAUUGCCAACCAGCUGGUCGAGGGAUGGGAGGAUCUGCCCGAGCACAUGCGCAGCAUCAACUGGUACAUCCAUCCGGUGGCCAAUCCCGAUGGCUACGAGUACUCCCACACGACCGAUCGCCUCUGGCGCAAGAACAUGCGCGCCCAUGGUCGCCAGUGUCCCGGAGUGGAUCUGAAUCGCAACUUUGGCUACAAGUGGGGCGGCAAGGGCACCUCCGCCAGUCCCUGCUCGCAGACAUAUCGCGGCAGCAAGGCCUUCUCCGAGCCGGAGACCUUCUACAUCUCCAAGUUCAUCAGCGGCUUCCCGCGCGAAACCUUCCAGGCGUACCUCUCGUUCCACAGCUACGGCCAGUACAUUCUGUAUCCUUGGGGCUACGACUACCAGCUAACCCAGGAUCGCGCCGAUCUGGAUCGUGUGGCGCGUCAGGCGGGAACGAGCAUCACCAAGUCGACGGGCGUGAAGUAUACGGUGGGAUCCUCCGCCACAACCUUGUACCCCGCCGCCGGCGGCUCCGAUGAUUGGGCCAAGGGCAUUGCGGGCAUCAAGUACGCCUACACCAUUGAAAUGGGCGACACCGGACGGUAUGGCUUCGUCCUGCCCGCCAGGUUCAUCCAGUACAAUGGCAAGGAUGGCGUGACCUUUGCCGACACCGUGGCCAGGGCCAUUGCCCAGGGACGCGGAAAAUCGGUGGCCAGGAACAGCAGUGGCAGUCGGAGGCGUGGCCACUAGUCCGGACAUUUAGCUCAAUGCGAUUUUUGUAAAUCAGCCUAAUGAUUUUUUUUUUUUUUUGCUAUU